GGUGACAGCCUGCGCCGACUCUCGCGCCCGGACUCCAUCCCAGUUGUUUGCUGUUUGUUGUGGCCGGAGGAGCACAUUAAGAAGGCGCAUAAAAGAUGGAAGAGGAGAGCAGGAGGAAGAUGAAGGAGAAGUUCGGCUUGAGGCAGAACAUCUUUAAAGAGUUCCUGGCGGAAUUUCUGGGGAUCUUUGUCCUGAUACUCUUUGGUUGCGGUGCAGUGGCCCAGACUGUGCUGAGCAAAGGUGCUCUGGGAGAGCCGCUCACCAUCCACGUUGGUUUCACUCUGGGGGUCAUGAUGGCUGUCUACAUGGCAGGGGGAGUUUCAGGAGCUCAUGUGAACCCUGCAGUCUCUCUGGCCAUGGUGAUUCUGGGGAAAUUACCUCUGAAGAAGUUUCCCGUGUACGUGGUGGCACAGUUCCUGGGUGCUUUUGCUGGGUCCUGUGCUGUUUUUGUGUUGUAUUAUGAUGCUCUAAUGGACCACACCAACGGACAGUUUGAAGUUAUUGGUGCAAACGCCACCGCUAACAUCUUUGCAUCUUAUCCUGCUAAACACCUCUCUGUUCUCAACGGGUUUGUUGAUCAGGUAAUCGCAACUGGUGCACUGAUCCUGUGCAUUCUGGCAAUCACCGACAGGAAGAAUAUCGGCGCCCCUAAAGGAAUGGAGCCUCUGUGUAUUGGACUGAUCAUCAUGGCCAUUGGGGUUUCCAUGGGUCUGAACUGUGGCUAUCCCAUAAACCCGGCACGGGACCUCGGGCCGCGUCUUUUCACAGCAGUGGCAGGGUGGGGCAUGGAGGUGUUCAGUGCUGGAGGCUGUUGGUGGUGGAUCCCUGUUGCAGGACCCAUGGUGGGCGGAGCCAUUGGAGCUGGGAUUUACUUUGUCUUCAUUGAGCUGCACCAACAUGAACCUGAGAGACAAGUAGACAACAACGUCCAGGACAAAUAUGAAGUUAUUGCACUGAGUUAAAGCUCGGUUCACAGAGUAUUAAAACUCAAAAACACAACAAUGAGGCAAUAAAAUCUAUUUAUAAACUGCAGGUUUUGUAAUUUGCAACAUUAUGAAUAGCUGGCAAAAGAGCACAUGUUGUUGUUGGACUUUUCAUAAUAACUUUUGCAUUGCUGAAAAGCUAUGCAACAUUUUAUGCAGUCUCCUUCAAACUGGAACCUUCUCCUCUUUUUUAGGGUUUACCAAAAUCAUUUGAACAUUUUUACAGUGUAAAUCUUACCACAACCUACCAAGCAGCAGCUCAUGGGGCACACAGUGUAAAUAUAGUUGUUAUUAAUUAAUCAUUUUAUUUGUGUCUUUUUUCAGUUUCAAAUCAUCUUUUUCAUUUCAUUAUUUCGAUGUGCUUAAAAUCACAUAGAUUAUGUGUGACAUGUAUAGAUGUUCCAGCCUUAAAUAGUUGGCUUUUCUCUGUAUUUCUUAUUUUUCCACCAAUAUUCUGAAAUGUUGUGCUAUUUAAAGCUGUUUUAUAAAUUUGGAUCACAACCUUUCUCUUUGUAACAAAAGCCAUAACAGAAUUUUUGUUAGCUGAAGGAAAGUCGUAGAGUUAAUUUCCUUAAAGAAACUUUAUGAAUUAUUUCCUUGUUGAGUUUUAACUGAGACAGAACACAAGACCAUGAGGUUUGAUAUAAGCCAGAAACUAGAUCACAGUCAUAAAUUAAAAUUCAAAAGAAACAAGUACAAAAAUGUACAGAUUAUGCAUGUAAAUUGUGUUUGAAAACUAUAAUUUUAUUUUUAUGGAAGAAAAAAUCAGAUAUAAGCUAAGCACUAGUUUUUUAUGCCACUACUGUUGUUCCUAAAAUGUUAUUUUAAUGACCUCUUUUGUUUUGCAGAAGCACAAAGGUUAGAAAAUGCACAAGGCACUAAUUUAGCUACUUGACAGUCACACAGGAUUUUAAUUCUUCCUCUUUAAAAAUGGCAAACAUUUGUUUUAAUUGAAAGUAGGGGUGGGACUUUAACGUAUUAUUUAUGAUUAGUUAAAUAGAAAAGAAUAACGCGUUAAGAAUUUACCUCUUUGAGCCAGAGUUCCCCCAAUUGGGGGCCAGAAAAAUUUUGCGUCACAAUUAAUGUCCUGUGUAUUAAUAAAUAUCAUCAAGCAGCACCUUUAGCAAAAGGGUUACAAACACAACUAAAACCAUUAUGUGUUCUUGUUGGUAGUAAGCAGGCAGUUUGUAAUUUUAUACAAAUUAACAUUAUUACAGCAGGAGGAUCAAGUAAAACACAAGCAUUCAUCUUGUGUUCAGUUCAGUACACAACAUUUACAAUGUUCCACAUCCAUAGGGGGCCUAAAGCCUGAGUCAUGCUUCUACGUCUGCGUCAGUGCGGAGACACGCAACGACAUUGUCCGUCCUUGCGAGCCUGCUGGAGAGCCCUCACAUGGACCGACGGAGUCGAGCACUCUUUUCUAAACAUCCGUCUGUCGAGACGGAGAACGCAAACUUGUGAUUGGUCAGGGCCCCGCUGUUGUCUACACCGGCACAAUUACAACCUCAUAAACAUAAAAAGAGCCGAGGAUAACUAGCAGCAGACACGGAGAAGCUUGAAGAGUACCUCGUGAAAAAACUCUAAAAAUAUGAACGCUUAAUUCCCCAGUGACUGGAGGAGUAAAAAGAUGCGAAGCAAGCGUUUUAUUUGUGGACGGAAAUGACAGAAAACAUGGGUUUGGAGGUGGCGAGCGCAUGAAGAGGUGGAGGAGAAUGAGAGAUAAAUUUGUCUGUGUUAAAAGUCUCUUAUAUACAAAAAAACCCACAAUAUAAACACACUAUCUUGGACCGAUACAUGACAGGAUGCCAAAGAACAGCGCUACGCCCUCUGUUGUCCUGGCGGGGAAUUGCUUUUUUAAUCACGUCUCACCCCUAAUUUAAAGUCCAUCGCUGAUAGUCUCCAUUUGGUUUGAUUUUCGUCCAAUUCAGCUGCAUAUCCAGCACAGACCCUGUGCCCUUCAGUUUAGAGGUAAUUUCUAAGCGUUCUCUCAUCCAACACUUUAUUGUCAUUUGUAAAUUUUCCAAAUGUUUUCUCAAGCAUCAAUCUAAAAAAAACAUGAUUAUCUGUAAUUGUGCAUGAAAAAAAAUUUUUGGGAGGGUUUUUCUUGUAAAAAGCAGUGAUGAUUAAAUGUGUAAUCACGUGAGAUGAGAUGAUGUUUUGUGAUGUGCAAGCGUGUGAUUUGGUGUAAAAAUUCAGCUUAUGUUAGGUAGCUUUGUACAAAUAAAACAAAUAUUUUCCCACUGAA